AUGGCGAUCCCGGAAGAAGUGGUGCAGAAAGUGAAGGCCAUCAUCUCCGAGGCAGAGGAAGGUGAGCGCUUCGUGAAGAGCGUUCAUGCCGCCUUGAAGGAGUUGGAGGCAAGUGGCCACUUGUACAAGCUGCAGAUCCACAACCGACAUGUUGGAUGCCACCCCCAGAACAGGGAUGGAAGUGGUGUCAACGGUGUGGACGUCCACCAGCUCCUGGACGACAUAGUGACAGCAGGAUUCGUUCCUGAACGGGUGAGUGCCAUUGCCGUUGAAGUCUCCGACAAUGCAGAGCUGGUGUUUAACCAAACACUGGUGUCACAACAUGGCGGCCAGCUUGGCAGCAUGGACGCCUCUCAGCUCAAGGUGUUGAGCUUGGCUGGCAGCCACACGAACUUCGUGAUGCGGCUCUUUGACCAGGAGGUGGCGCAUGAGAAUGAGAAAGUCAGCGCCAAUGGUAAGCUCAGCAAGGAGAUGCUGUCCCGGCACGACAUGGCAUUCCACGAGGCGGUGGUUCAUGGGUACCAGUGGCGUGUAUUGUCGAAGCACGUGACGCAGCAGUUGCCAGAACUCUUGACGAUGGUCCAGAGGACUGGCAACGCAACACUGGCACGUGGAGAGCAUGAGCUUCAGCUUCUGAGAAGACUUCAUGGAAUCUGGGUUUCUCAGUCGCAGACGGUAGGACUGCACGUGAGCUAUGAGAAGGUGAAGCGAAUUGCAUCGCCAGGCAUUUCAUCACCUUUGAUGAAAACUUUGCCCCAUUUGUUCACCUUCGCCCUCAAGGCUUCAGGUGGGAUUACUCCAUGGUUGUUGCAGGAGACAGAGGCUUUCGUGAGGGCCCAUGCCAGCAGCACGAAGACCUUGGGGGCUGAACUCUGGCAAGCCUUGGGACAGGAUGUCAAGGGGCAGACUCAGUUCUUGCGUUUCCGGCAUGGAAUGGUGAAGAUGGCCUAUGUGAAGAUGGCCUAUGUGAAGGACAAGAUCACAUUGGCUGACAUCAAGAAGGCUCUGCAUAACAAGGACUUCAAAGGCAAGGUCAGCACAGCUGAGAGCAUCAUGAACAAGUGGCGUUCACUCCUCAAUGAAAUCGGAGCGGACAAGAACAAGUCCAACCUGCUCUUUGCAUGCAGCAUGGCAGACAUGGCCCUGACUGCCCAUACGUUGGACAUCAAGCUGCCUGGAGAACGGCAGUAUGACAAACCAGAAGGCUUGGCACAUGAUUUCUGCCUGUGCCUUCGGGGAAUGGGAUAUGCAGUGGCUGAUCCAUGGGCAGACUGUGAAGAGCCUGAGCCUGCUUCUUCCAGUCAAGGCAGUGCACAGCCCUUCGACCCGAAAUUGCUGAUGCGGGAAGUCAAUGAUGCUGGCCAGGUGACGAACCAGGCUUCAGUUUUGAGCAGUGCAGGGUAUGAGAUUGGAUGCCAUGUGAAACGCAAGGCCGAUGGCACUGAAGGCAUCAUCGAAAGCGUCGAGAGCAACGGCAUGGUCAGGAUCAAGGUGGAGGGUGAAAGCAGGCUUGCCAAGCUGAAGAUGUCAGCAAUUUUGAAUGGCGAGUGGGUCAAGUUCACUCCGAGCGCCGAGCCAGUGGUGAUGGAAACUUUGGCUCAACACUUCAUGGCACGUCAGGAGUCAUGGAAGAGCCAACUGGCCAUUGCCAAGUUGACCAUGGCAUUGGAUGCCUUGGCCAAGAAGAAUGACCAGGUGAUCAUGGAUAAGUUGAAGUUGCAGUUGCGCCCCCAGAAGGCCAUCAUGGUGACGACCAAGUUUGCCAAGAACAAGCUGGUGUUCGUCCCAUUGAGCACUGCCAUCAAACCGAAGAAAGACAAGGAUGCAGACAUAGUGGCCAGCGUUGCAGGGAUGGACUUCACCUUGACUCCUUCCACGGUGAUUCCGACAGAUGAGAGGACGGGAUGCCUGGCAUGUUUCUUCUUGGUGGCCUGCACCCAAGUGGCUGAUGAAGCCAACAUGGAGAUCACUUGGCACAAGGACGGCGAUGUCAAGGUGCCAUUGCUGAGAAAUUCGAAGGCCCUGAGCCCAGAUGACAAGCUCCUGCGCCAUGUGCCGAAGAAGCAGGUAGCGUCAGAGGCACUGGCAUUUUCUCCGGCCAAGCGCCGUCGUGUGAAGAGCUAG